AUGGAAUCUCUCCAAGUUCUUUAUAGUAGGGCAGCAGAUAUGCUGUAUGAUGGAUACGCUCGCGUAGUGAGUGCGAAAAAUGCGACUCAGCUGGAGGUCAAUGUACAGAACGUGCCAGGCGCAACCGAAGACGCGGCUGCAGCAACCUCAACGAUAUACCAAAGCACUGGCAUCCAAACACAACCACUGUGUGACGUCUGGCAAUACUUGGAAAUCUUCGGCCGCAAUGCUCUGGUAACGGAAGUGGGCACUGGAGCGAUUGGGCGAUACACAAAAGGUGGUGGAGCCUUUGCAUAUGAGCAUAGAUAUGGGAAGCCCUUCCUGGCUGCGCCACUGAGCGACAGCGACACCAAAUCCAACUACACGGAUUCCGCCUUUCAAACCAUCGGGUUCCCCGAUGCUAUUCGAUCGAUCGCCAAGGCUAAAGUCAAGGCCAGCAUGAUGGUUACCCGGUAUCGCAAGGUCGCCGAGGAGGCAGGAGUUAGAGUAUUUGCUGAAUCCAAAGCUGAGAGGGUGUUACAUUCUGAGCAGUUUACACCUUCCGUCACGCUUGAUGCAGAGGGAAAUACCAAAGAUGGGGAGCUGGGCUCACUCUUUCUGCCAAACAUCUAUGGUGAAGACAUCAAGCCAGUAAAGAGACUAGAACAGGUAUCGGCCAACUAUCACCAAACCCAACGCGCGAUCCCGUCACUUGCUCCGUCAUUGCGAGAGGAUACCCCGGAUCCUGAGCCCUUAGAGGACUAUGGACAGGAGCAAAUUGAGUGGAAACGGGAUGCGAAGCAUAGGAACUGGAAUCAUAACGAGAGUGGACGCAGCGACUUUGUGCCUCGUGCGGCAUUCAUCGUUUAUGAUCCAGCACGACACCCAAGCUACACGACAUCUUCCAACAAGGCCAACAGCAUCUUAUCACCUGGUAGAAGGAAGCGCCCCGUCGAAGAUGAGCAGCCUUCCUCGCAGAAAGCGAACAAGCGAACAAAGCUCACUGCGUCGACUCAGCACAACCAAGAGCAUACUCCACAGCCCCAUCCACAAGUCGAUUGUGUCCUUGGCGCAUCGCACAUUCACCAAGAAGAGAUACGAGGUCGCAAGCAAUCAGACUCUCUGGUAUCCAGUCACGAGACGCCAACAGUCAAACCUGAUCGCAAGUUGGAAGCCAUCCCGCAGGAACCAAGGAAAGAACGAGAGCGCACUGCAACCAUUCUGAAACAUACUCCACGUGGCAGAGCCGUCUCACCACGCAGAGCCAUUGGCAGCCAGCGUGCUCGAUCAAGCAGUCCAUCGACCAAUGAGACUAGGUCCUACCGUGCUCGAGAGAACUAUCGCAGCGAAGACAGCAAGAGGAAUGAACCAGUUCGCGAGUACCAUCCCAGCUCCCGAAACUAUCGCAAUGACUUUGAGGACUGUAAUGCAGCGUCUCACUCCAAGCUGCAGACACCUCUCCCAGACAAGGCGCAACCCAUUUUCCAAGUCCACGUUGACAGGACACAAGAAUCACCAAACGUGAAGAACAAUCUCGGAUCUGAGCAGUCAAUCCUGGCUUCAAGCGACUCAGAGAUCACAAAUGGCCAGAGUAAUCACAACUACCAGUCCACUCCCACGCCCGCGCCCCGCCACCAGCAUGAUGCCGCCGCCGUCGCGGCUGAUGAACACAUUACCCAUCACCGUGAUGGCAAGCACCUAGCACCACCAACGCCUCACCAACAGCCCAAAGCAAAACCCCAGGAAAUCAUGCACCAAGACCGUCUCUGCCAGCUUUCUCACCCUCUCCAGACUUCCACCUUCGCCUACCAUCCCAGCUCCAAGCCCAGCUCCCAUCUUAACUCCACCCACUUCCCCACCCCCUCCUCCCCACGCCACACCCAACUCCACUCCACACGCACACACGCCCCAGCACCUUCUUCGCGCGUAGAGAAGAGCUACCGCGCACCGCUGCGCCAGGGCAUCAAAGGCACAACAGCGAUGCAGAAACCAGACGAGGGGGCCAAGAAGACGGGCGAGCGUAAGGCAGGACCAAGGCCGAAGCGUGAUGCCAGGAGUUUGAUAAACCGGUGGUUGGGAGGGUGA